ACUCCAGCAGAGGACCCCACUCCUUUGAAGAGCCCAGAGGGAGAUGUCAGCCCAGUCUCUUCCUGCAGCGACACCCCCUACGCAGAAGCCCCCUCGGAUCAUCCGCCCCCGCCCCCCUUCUCGGCCCCGGGCUGCCGCGUCCCCAGGGCCCCACCACAACGGCUCCUCCCCACAGGAACCUGCCUUCACCUCCAAUGACGCGGGGACCCCAAUGUGCACCCCCAUCCACUGGGACUCCCCGGCCGCAUCCCUCAAGCCCCCUGCUCUCCUGCCCCCGUCAGCUUCUAAAGCCAGCCUGGACUCCCAGACUUCCCCAGACUCGCCUUCCAGCACCCCUAGUCCAGCAUCCAGGCGCUCCAUCUCCUCAGAACCUGUUCCCAGGUCUCCGGUGCCUCCACCCAAACCCUCCGGGUCACACACCCUGCCCCUGCUCCCCACAGCGGGGGUCCCAGCCCAGGGAGGCUCUGCCUCCGCCCCAGGCACUGUGAGGAGACUGGCUGGCAGGUUUGAGUGGGGGGCUGAAAGCAGGGUCCAGGCUGCUGACGCCCUGGAGCUGGGUCCCCAGGGGGCAGCGGAUGUAAAUGGGGAAAGAGAGGCUCCACAGGUCAACCUUGGCAGCAGUGGGUCCCAGGAGAAUGGCACUCCGGACGCUGGCCUAGCCUGCCCUCCCUGCUGCCCCUGUGUCUGCCACAUAGGCCGGCCUGGCCUGGAGCUGCGCUGGGUGCCCGUGGGGGGCUAUGAGGAUGGCCCCAGGGCUUUCUGCCGGGCCUCCCCACUGAGGGCCUCCCGCUCCCGUCCCAACCCUCCCAGCAUCAGUCUCCCCCCAGUCGUCCUUACGUCCUACCGCUCCACAGCUGAGCGCAAACUCCUACCGCCCCUGAAAGCCCCCAAACCAACUUGGGUCAGGCAGGACAUCGCCAUCUCUGGGGACCCCCCCAAGCCGGAUCUCGAUCUGCCCUCGGAAGAUGGAAUCCAAACAGGGGACAAUCCUGAUGAAGCUCCUCCAAGCGCUCCUCCAGCACCCGUGGAGGGCAGGGACAAGGAGGAACUGGAGGAGCUGAAAGAGCAGAACUGGGAGCUGCCCCUGCAAGACGAGCCCCUGUACCAGAACUAUCGGGCAGCUGUGCUAUCAGAGGAGCUCUGGGGAGUCAGUGAGGAUGGGUGUCCAUCUCCCACAAAUCCCGGUGAAGCUCCCACCUUCGCUCGUCCACCUGGACCUCGCAACACACUGUGGCAGGAGCUUCCGGCUGUGCGAGCCAGUGGCCUCCUGGACACGCUCAGCCCCCAGGAGAGGCGCAUGCAGGAGAGCCUGUUUGAGGUGGUGACAUCUGAGGCCUCUUACCUGCGCUCCCUGCGGCUACUGACAGACACCUUCGUGCUGAGCCAGGCUCUACGGGACACGCUAACCCCCCGGGACCACCACACCCUCUUCUCCAAUGUGCAGCGAGUCCAGGGUGUCAGCGAGCGGUUUCUAGGGACACUACUGUCCCGAGUGCGCUCUUCCCCCCACAUCAGCGACCUGUGUGACGUGGUGCAUGAGCACGCUGUGGGGCCCUUCUCAGUGUAUGUGGAUUAUGUGCGGAAUCAGCAAUACCAGGAGGAGACCUACAGCCGCCUCAUGGACACGAAUGUGCGCUUCUCUGCUGAGCUGCGGCGCCUGCAGAGCCUCCCGAAGUGCGAGCGGCUGCCCCUGCCCUCCUUCCUGCUGCUGCCUUUUCAGCGCAUUACGCGGCUCCGCAUGCUGCUGCAGAAUAUCCUGCGCCAGACAGAGGAAGGGUCCAGCCGCCAGGAGAAUGCACAGAAAGCCCUGGGUGCUGUCAGCAAGAUCAUUGAACGGUGCAGCGCCGAGGUGGGGCGCAUGAAGCAGACAGAGGAGCUGAUCCGGCUCACGCAGAGGCUGCGCUUUCACAAAGUCAAGGCCCUGCCCCUGGUGUCCUGGUCCAGGCGCCUGGAGUUGCAGGGGGAGCUGACCGAGUUAGGGUGCCGGAGGGGGGGUGUGCUCUUCACCUCACGUCCCCGCUUCACCCCCCUCUGCCUGCUGCUCUUCAGUGACCUGCUGCUCAUCACUCAGCCCAAGAGCGGGCAGCGGCUACAGGUUCUGGACUAUGCCCACCGCUCCCUGGUCCAGGCCCAGCAGGUUCCGGACCCGUCUGGACCCCCUACAUUCCGCCUCUCCCUUCUCAGCAACCACCAGGGCCGCCCCACCCACCGGCUCCUACAAGCUUCAUCCCUAUCAGACAUGCAGCGUUGGCUGGGAGCUUUCCCCACCCCGGGCCCCCUUCCCUGCUCCCCAGAUACCAUCUAUGAGGACUGUGACUGUUCCCAGGAACUGUGUUCGGAGCCUUCUGCGCCGGCCAGGACUGAGGGACGAGGUCUGGAGUCCAGGGCUCCCCCCAGGCACCCGCUCAAGAGCCCCGAAGGCUGGCUGAAGGGGUUUCCUGGGGCCUUCCCUGCCCAGUUGGUGUGUGAAGUCACAGGAGAACACGAAAGGAGGAAGCACCUGCGCCAGCACCAGAGGCUCCUUGAGGCUGUUGGACCCUCUUCAGGCUCUCCCAGUGCCCCCCCACCCUAAUGCAGGCCGGGCGGCGGCGGCAGUGGCGGUCACAGAUUGGGACAGCCGGCACCCGGUGCACGUGGAGAGGACCAAGCUUGUCCAUCUUACCUGAUUAGCUGUCAGUGGAAAAGCUACUUCUCUUGGCCACCAAAAGGGAUCGAGCUUCAGGAGGAGGAGCCAAUGAAAACAAGGCUGCCGGGCCCACCGGUGAUGGAGACUGAGGAUGGCUCGAGUGGGUGGCCCACGGAGACAGAGCAGCCAAUGGUGCUGAGCUGGCCGAGCCACUGGCCCAGGAGUAUCUCUGCUCCACUCACAGCCGUGAAGACCAAGCUGGGUCAAUAAAGUUUUACAAACGGAGACAAAGUCUGAGGAUAAACUAGCCAACGGCAACCAGCAGGGUGGUGCUCUGGGCCCAAGAGGCGGGUGGUGACCCUGCUUGGUUCUGUAGCAUUACUGUCCCACCCUUCGGGUAUGGGGAGCACUGGGUUCCAUUCCUGGGGUGACCCCUCUGCCCUCUCAAGCCACUUCCUUUCUACUAGAAGGAUCCAGAGCGUGUGUCUGAGAGUCAGUGUGUGUGUGCGUGUGCACAGGUCUCUAUGUAUCAGGGCAGGUGGUCCUGCUGGACGUGAUGUGUGUGUGUGGUCUCGCCCCCUCCCAGAUGACUGAGUGCUCCAUUUCUUUCUUCACCCCCUGCUUUUCUUAUUAUUUUCUCCAAGGAGACAGGAGGUCUGAGCUCAAGAGGGAUGUGCUGGGUGUGGCUAGAGUCGGGGAUGAGCAGCCUGAGUUCUGGGCCAGGGACCCACAGCAGCUGGAGGGCGAAGCUGCGGACCGGCCACGCAGUCCGGUGGAGGAGCCCGAGGACCUGAAGACGGCCAGUAGCUGUGGCCUGAAGCCCCCUGAAGCUUCCUCACCCCAGACUCGGCCUCCAACCUGCCUGAACUGGCACCAGUUAUCCAGCCUCAGCUCUGGGCUUUGGACUGGCUUUGGGCCCCAGGUUUGGGUGAAGAAACAGGAGCUAUGGCUCGCGGGCUGGCCAGUGAAGGCUCUCCUGCCUCCGUCCUGGACGUCUCACCAGCAAUGCUGGGCCGAGCAGUGGAGGGAGCACAGAGAGCCAGUGUGGUGCCCCCCCACCCCCCAGCAUCUCCUUCCAGGGGAGAAACUGUCCUGAUGCCAGAAGGAGGGGAGGGAUUGAGCCAGCGCGGAGCCGACAGCUGCUGGCGAGGGAGGACCUUGGCCUCGCACCAGGCCUUCCCUGAACUGGGCCGUCCCGCUGUCCCUUCAGCUAAUAUAUGUGGCAGCCAGCCCAGGACAGCAACUGCACGCCAGCCAUAGGAGAUGCAAAGACUCUGGGAAGCCAGGGAGGGAGAAAGUGACUGGCAUUUGGCCAUCCGGGACUUUGCACAGUGCCUGGCAUACCAGAAACUCUCAAUAAAUGUUGGCGGCCCUGUA